AUGGACGUCAACACCUCAGUGGAAGCUGUACGAUUAGUUGGCCGCAGCUUGGUCGACGGCCAAGCAUCUGGGGAACUUCUCUGGUCGAAUGUUAGCUUGAGCUUUUGGGGUGGUGUUGAUUCGAGAACGGGCGUGAUAGUUGAUCAGCACCACCCGCUCCAAGGUCAGUGUGUAACAGAUCGCAUUGUUGCAAUACCCGCUGGAAGAGGAUCAUGUUCUGGCAGUGGAGUGUUGCUGGAACUCCUCCUAAGGAAGAUGGGUCCUACAGCUUUCGUGUUUCAGACAUUCGACGAGAUCUUAACACUGGGUGUAGUUGUUGCCAAAGCAAUAUUUCAACUUUCAAUUCCAGUUGUUGUGUUACGAGCGGAAGAUUUUUCAACACUCCAGGACCAAGAACAUCUCACUAUCAUUGGUGCGAGCCUUUUCAGAGGACUUUGCCCUCUCCGACCACAGUUACCAUCACAGACCAAUAUAGCUCAAACAAAUAUCAAACUGAGUGGAAAGGAUGACAUGAUGCUGUCUGGUGCUAACGGAAAAGCUACACAGAUAGCUAUGGAGAUUUUACUAACCAUGGCUAGCCUUCAGGGGGCCGAGGCUCUCUUGAAUGUUACUCAAGUCCAUAUCGAUGCAUGCAUAUAUACAGGUCCCGGCGGCCUUGAGUUUGCACAAAAGCUUCUGGGUAUGGGUGGUAGGUUCUCCGUACCAACAACUCUCAAUUCGAUCUCAAUCGAUUCUCGUAAAUGGAAGGAGCUCGACAUGGACCCGGAGAUGGCAAAUCAGGCACAGAAGCUGGCCGAUACAUACAUGAACAUGGGUGCAUUGAUGAGCUUUACUUGCGCUCCUUAUUUGCUCGACACGGCGCCCAAAGCAGGUGAGAAUAUUGGCUGGGCCGAGUCCAAUGCUGUGGUCUUCGCCAACAGUGUUCUCGGUGCCAAAACCCAGAAGUAUCCUGAUUUCCUUGACGUCUGCAUUGCCUUGACCGGUAGGGCGCCCAUGGCCGGAUGCCAUAUUGAACAAAAUCGUCUACCAGUUCUAGAGAUCCUUGUCCCCAAAGUGUCUCAGCCUGAUGAUGCUUUCUGGCCAUUGAUCGGAUACCUUGCUGGCAAGCUGUCUGGUCCAAAGAUCCCAUUGAUCUUUGGCUUGGAACAUGCUCAACCCACUAUGUCCGACCUCAAAGCAUUUGGCGCGGCAUUCGCCACAACAGCCUCCGCUGCAAUGUUUCAUAUCGUUGGAGUGACUCCCGAAGCCCAGUCAGCGGCAGCGUUAAGGGGAUCCAUUCCGUCAGCAACAAUCCAAUUGUUGGACGUGAAGGAAUGCUGGGCCAAGCUCAACACAGCCUCGGAUUUUUCUGUAUCUCUGGUAUCCCUCGGAAAUCCCCAUUUUUCGUUGGAAGAAUUUGCGCAGCUCGCAUCGCUUUGUUCCGAACGGAAAAAACAUCAUCAUGUUCACAUGACCAUAACCACGAGUAGAGCCACACUCGAACAGGCAGAGAAGACGGGCCACUUGCGUGCGAUUCAAGAUUUCGGUGCGCAAGUAAUCACCGAUACGUGCUGGUGUAUGCUUGGGGAACCUAUAAUUCCCGAAGAUGCGCGGAAUAUCAUGACUAAUUCGGCGAAAUAUGCACACUAUGCUCCAGGAAUGGUCAACCGCGGAGUGUUUUUUGGAAGUCUGGCGGCUUGUGUUGAGGCGGCAUGCACUGGACAGAACAUCAUGCAAUCUCCAGGCUGGCUUCUCGGUGAAUGA